GGUUCUCAUUCAUUGCUGUGAUGAACUAGAAAAUGAAACAAAAGGUAUUCAUGUGUUUGGACAGUGAGUUUGCAAGUUGUUAAUAGAAUCUGCAAAUUCCAUCUAUCUUCUUAAUUUAUGCCAAGUUGUUCAAAUUAUAUUUUCAAUUUAUGGGCAAAUUGAAAGCCGAUUAUCUUCUUAAAACCGACAUUUUGUUUUCCAGAACAGAAAAAAGAGAAUUUAAUAGAGAUUAGUAUCAAAUGAGCAUUGGGCUUACAGCCCUACCCACAAAGACAAUCUAUUCUGCAGGCCUAGAAAGUGCUCCUUCUUCUUCCUGGACGAAAAGAGAGCAAAAAUGGAGAGACAGGAACAACAAGAAGAAGAAGAACGUAGUAACAGAAAAUCAAAUGCCAAAAAAGUAGUAAUACAGAUACCAUCGUACCAAGAAGUUAUUGAAAGUUCACAAAAUCCAAAAACCGAAUCUUUAUUCAAGCCAUCUCAAACUUUCUCUCAAGCUUUCUCUUUCAUCAAAGACUCUGAAUUUUACACUCCUCCUCCUCAAUCCAGUGCUGUCUCUAAUAAUGCAAACUCAAUCCAGACCACCCAAAGCGUGCCUUCACCUUCUCAAUCUGUUGCUCUUACUGGUAACUAUCGCAACUCGAUCCUUGUUAGCCACAGGCAGAAGGGGAACCCACUGCUUAAACAUAUACGAAACGUGAGGUGGGCUUUUGCUGAUGUUGUUUGCGACUACUUGCUUGGCCAGAACUGCUGUUCUCUUUAUUUAAGUUUGCGGUAUCAUCUACUGCAUCCAGACUAUCUGUAUUAUCGAAUUAGAGAGCUCCAAAAGAAUUACAAGCUUCGUGUUGUUCUGUGCCAUGUCGAUGUGGAGGAUGUGGUUAAACCUUUACUUGAAGUCACUAAAACAGCUCUACUUCAUGAUUGUACUCUAUUAUGUGCUUGGAGCUUGGAGGAAUGUGGCCGUUACUUGGAGACAAUAAAGAUGUACGAAAACAAGCCUGCAGACCUUAUCCAGGGCCAAAUGGAUACAGAUUACUUAUCACGGCUAACCCAUGCUCUCACAACUAUUCGACAUGUUAACAAGACUGAUGUUGUUACCCUUGGGUCUACCUUUGGGUCUCUUUCUAAUAUCAUGGAUGCAUCGAUGGAGGAUCUAGCUCGUUGCCCUGGAAUAGGAGAACGCAAGGUGAAACGCUUAUAUGACACUUUUCACGAACCAUUCAAGCGGGUUGUUUCCAGUCACCCUGCUGUUCCAGAAACAUCACAGAAAGACAGUGAACCUGCCUUGGUGGAUGAAGUUACAGAAGUAGGGAAGGGAGAAUAUGACGAGAGCAAAUGGAGGAAGAAAGAACCUGAGUUAACAGUUAAAUCAGCUCUAUCUGCCGCAUUUUCUAAGUAUGCUAAUACAUUUGUUAAAAGAACUGAUAAAUCAGAGGGAGAAAAUGCAGGAGAGACAAGCUGUUCCGUGGAAACAGGAACUGAUAAUAGAAACCCUGGGGAAGGGGCUGGAAGUUGAUCCUUAUUUUCCAACAUCUCGGUAACAUCAGUCACAGAAAAUGUCUCAGAUUUUCAUGUUAUCACCGGAAAGAUAGUCAUUGUAAUAGUAUACUAAAUUUCUUCUUUGUUCUAUGUAGUAGCUGCCAUCAGAAGGUUAAAUUAAAUUCAUCAGGCCAAAUUCCAAACUGUAGUUUAUUUUGUACAUAUGUUGAUUGAUUAGUGAUUCUGUACAACUGUCUUUUGUUAUAAAGGAGAGUAGCAUUCUAAAAGCUACAAAAUGA